UGACUAGCUCCAGCGACCUCAGGGAAGCUGAGCUUUAUUUUUCUUCUUGGUUUCGGAGAAAAUCCUGAUCCAGCUAACCCUCAAGCAGCAUUUCCUGCUGGCAGAAAGACUUCAAUGGUUAUCGCGCCCAAACUUGGCGGAGAUGUGGUCCUGGGUGGGAAUUUCUGGUUUCUUCCAGGUUUGUAUGGAUCCCUGCAGUCCACUAUGGAGUAGAUACACCAAGUCCUACUGACUUCACGCAAAACCUUGUCUGUCUGCUUGACAUAAUCCUGGAAAGGAUCAGGUCCAAAACCUCUCCGCACCAUGCAAGGUUGCCUGUGGAGAUGCAUCGGAGUCCUGGCAUCCUUAGUCAUGCUGGGGUUCUUCAGUCGGGAGAAUAAAGCAGCUCGUGUGGUGUCCAACACAUCACUGAAUGAAAAGAAAAAAAUAAUACAGCAGAUCGCUCAGGAACAGAUCAGCUCUGAAGCCAAGAGACAUCUGAAAUACUUCGCCAAGAUGCAGGAAAAUUCCCAAGUACUCCAGCAUGCCAACUACACACUUCUGGCUGGAACCUCUCCCCAGGGAAAGCGGCAGCUGACGGUGGGGAUCUCCUCAGUGCAGCGAACCCAUGGGAGUUACCUCUUGGACACCCUGAAGUCUGUUUUCCAAGCUUCCUCGGAACAGGACCUGAAAUACAUGCUGGUAUUGGUCCUCCUGACAGACACUGACCCCACAUGGCUCAACCAAACAGUUGCCAACAUUUCAGGUCUCUUCAUGCCACACAUUGAAUCCGGGAGCCUGGCGGUGAUCCACGGUCUUCUUGGUGACUCCCUAGCAAAGAGCAGAAAUCACACCUCACCCUGUGGAGAACUUUUUGCUAGGCAGAAAACAAGUUCUGUCCUCCUCAUGAAUUUUGCCAGCAACCUCUCUGACUACUUCCUGUUGCUAGGAGAUAACGUGAGGUGUGCCCCCAGGUUUGUGUCUAACAUCUACUGGGCAGUGUCGGCCUGGAAAGAGCUCCCUUGGGUGAUCCUGGACUUCUCAGGCAUGAAGAUCUCUGGGAAGGUCUUCCACACCAGAGACCUCCCCCGCCUGACCUCCUUCCUGCUCCUCUUCCCCAAGGACAUUUCCACUCACUUGCUUCUCUCUGAAUUCAGUCUUCUCUUGUCUCAAAAUGUUCCAAUUCGCUUCAGUUCCUCCAUCUUCUACCACAUGGGCAGUUACUCUGAGUUUGAAGACACGUGCUUUCCUGAGGAGCAGGACAAGGACUUGGGGGAACCAGACAACCCUGCCGCUACUGUCUUCACAGACAUGCUCUGGCUUUGGAAUGCCAGCCCACAAUAUGCCUACAUUCUCAACGAUGACUGCUUAUGGGUCGUGAACCCUCUGGAAGGCAACUACUUGCUGGUGGUUCUGGAUAAGCCACAAAAAGUCAUCCGGGUAGCAGUACUGACAGGCUCUGCUCAUAGUAAGUUGAACUACUUACAACAGGGACAGAUACUGCUGGGCUAUAGCCUCAUGGACUACCCCAAACACUGCGCUCACUAUACCUUGGUAGGACCUGUGGUGAGAGGGCAGUUGGACCAGAUGGUAUUUUAUGAGGAAGAUGCUGUGAAGGAGAUUAGCUGUAUAAAACUUCUGGUGACAGCAUCUCAUGACUUCACCAUCAAGAUCCUACAGAUCAGGGUCUGGACAGAGGUCGAGGAAGAGGAGACUUAGAGACUACUGUGAGAUUUCUGCAAGUACUGGCUCUAGAAAGAGAGAAAUAAAUGCAUCAAUUGACCAAGAA